AUGCCUUCCCGAGAUAUUGCAAAAGACGCAGCUAUCCACAACUACUUCCACAGUACAAAAUCCAGUCACUUCUUGAAUGGUCACCAAGCGGACCAGGCUGCACCUCGGCGUGUACAAGGCCCUCCAGUACCUGCACCACAAGAAAAGAUGGUCAAUGAACAUCUGAACUCUGAUAUCUCUUGCAUUAUGCAGUCAAGCCACGACAAGGAGCUUCGAGACCAGUUCUGGACCGCAUUCAAUAACUCUCAACUAACGCUGCGCCCGAAUCAUUUGAAGUCGAUUCCUGUCGACAAAGCGGACCCUCAGCACCAGCAUGGAGGCACUUAUGUGAUAUCUUUAGGGGACCCUACUGAUGACCUCCCAUACGACAACUUCAGGCAGGAACGCGUGAUGACGAGGGAGCGGUCUCUAGUGUCCAUCAAAGAGGAGCAAGUGGAGAUUGAUAUGCGAACGCUGCGGCCAGCGAUUGCAUAA